UUAUUAUUUAGUGUCAUGUCAUUGUGUCAUGAAUUUGUAAUAUCUUUAAAAAUAAUAUUUGCUCUUGACACUUAUACAUUUCAAGUUUCAAUUGCAAAAGAGUUUAAUCUAAAUUUUAGUAAAUGGAAGCCAAAUUAGCAGUAUGGGAUUGGAUAGUUGUUGGACUUUACUUUGGUGUGUGUCUUAGUCUAGGUAUAUAUUCAAAGUUUGCCAAAAAUAAAAAUGACACAGCAGAAGAAUAUUUCCUGGCAGGCCGGUCAAUGUUAUGGUGGGCAGUUGGAGGAAGUCUGUAUGCUAGUAACAUGGGAUCUGAACAUUUUAUUGGGUUAGCUGGUUCUGGUGCUGCAGCAGGAAUUGGUGUUGUGGCAUAUGAAUGGCAUGCGAGCUGGAUUUUGCUCUUACUUGGUUUUUUCUUUGUUCCAAUUUACAUUCGCUCAAAAAUUUAUACCAUGCCUGAAUAUCUUAUGCAUCGCUUCCAAAGCAAAUGGAUGAGAUUUUAUCUGACCAUUGUCUCACUGAUCAGCUAUGUUACAACAAAAAUUGCUGUUGAUAUAUAUGCUGGUGGUAUAUUUCUACAAAAUGCUGUUGGCAUUAACAUAUACCUUUCAUCAGCUGUUCUGCUGUCAUUUACUGCUAUAUAUACUUUAUUUGGAGGUCUUACAGCUGUAAUUUACACUGAUGUUAUGCAAUGUAUUAUAAUGGUUUUUGGUGCAUUAGCAUUGUCUAUAAUUGGUUUCAAAAAGGUUGGUGGUUUAAAAGGUUUAUGGAAAGAAUACCCUCUUGCAAUUGGUAAACCUUUGUUUGCAAACAUGACAAUGACAACAAGUGCUGCAUAUAUAACAAUGGCUUCAAACACAACUACCACAGCGAUUGUUGCAUCUAACAGCACUAUUGCUCCAUUUGUAGCUUCUUGUUAUUCUAUAGACAAAAAUUGGAACCACAUGAUAAGACCUCUUGAUGAUCCUGAAUACCCAUGGCUAGGACUUAUUUUUUCUUUACCUGUUACAGGUAUUUGGUAUUGGUGUACAGAUCAGGUUAUUGUUCAGCGCACACUUGGUGCUAAAAAUCUAGUCAAUGCAAGAUUGGGAACAAUAAUUGCUGGUUUUUUAAAAUUGUUACCUUUAUAUAUAAUGGUUAUGCCUGGCAUGAUAGCUCGAGUAUUAUAUCCUAAUAUUGUUGGAUGUGCUGAUCCUAUCUCUUGUAAAAAAGUAUGUAACAAUCCGUAUGGCUGCUCUAAUGAAGCAUACCCAAAGCUGGUACUGACAAUUCUUCCUCAAGGUUUAGUUGGACUAAUGUUGGCAGUAAUGUUGGCAGCUUUGAUGUCAUCUCUAAGCUCAGCAUUUAACAGUUCUUCUACCAUCUUUACAAUGGAUAUAUAUAGAGUGUUGAAACCAAAAUCGACAAACAAAGAACUUAUUUUAGUUGGGCGUCUUGUUGUAGUUGUUCUAGUAGGAGUGGGAAUUGCAUGGAUACCCAUUGUUUCACAGGGGCAUGGUGGUCAGCUUUUUAAAUACUUACAAACAAUUCAGUCUUACCUUGCACCCCCUACUUGUGCAGUUUUUUUAGUAGGCAUGCUGUGGGCUCGUUUAACUGAAGCUGGGGCCCUAACUAGCAUGGUAUUUGGAUUGUUAAUGGGUGUAACUCGAUUGGGUAUGGAUGUUGCUUUUCCUCAGCCUCAUUGUGGUGAAAAUGACAAUAGGCCAGCAUUUGUUAAGCUUCAUUUUAUGUUUUAUGCAUUGAUUAUAUUUUUCUCUUGUAUCAUCAUAAUGAUGCUAACUAGCCUGUUUACAAGGCCUGUACCAUUAGAGAAACUUGGUGCACUGACGUGGAAGACAAUAAACAAACCACGUUAUUAUGAUAGCCCUCAAGAAAUUGCAAAAGUUAUUGAUAUGGGUGUUGAAAUGGGUGAAUCAAGUAUUCAUACUUCAAGUAGCCAAUCAAAACUCACCGCAACCGAUGACGAAAAACGAGAAAUAGAAGAGUUUGAACACCAAACAACAUUUUCAAAAUGGGCAGUAUAUUCAUCUGCUGGAUCUUUAAUAUUUGCUUUGCUUUUUUUAUGGGUUUGGUACCGAUAACAAAUAUAAAAAAAAAGACAAUAGAAAGUCAAGUAGAAAUAGGUUAAACGCAAAUAUAGUUAUAAAUGAUCUUUGGUUUUAAUUUUUAUGAUGAAAUAUCUUUUUUAUCGAAUAUAAUACAUAUAGUUCAUACUUUUAUCUUUAUCGAAUAUAAUACAUGCUGACUAGUCGAAAACUUUUUUUAACCUAAUUUAAGGAAAGUUAAUAAUAUAGUAUUAAUCAUAGAACAUUUUUAAUUUUUAUUUGCUUUAAAUUUUUUUGUAAUAAACUUUUUUUAAAUUUUUCUGCGACACAAUGAUUGCAAAUACUGAUGAUUAACAGAAUUAUCAAAUCAGGUAGCUUAGGGAGCCCGCGAUCUAUACUUUGAGACACUUUAUGGUUUAUAUUAUAACGUCAUUUUUAACUUUCUUGUGAACAGAGUGAGGUUUUUUGUCGUUCACUUAAAUGAAACUUUUUUUUAUUCUAGAGUAUUUGUCUUAAAACAAUAGAAAAACAAUAGAUACUGAUGAUUAACAGAGUUAUCAAAUCAGGUAGCUUAGGGAGCCCGCGACCUAUGCUUUGAGACGCUUUAUGGUUUAUAUUAUAACGUCAUUUUUAACUUUCUUGUGAACAGAGUGAGGUUUUAUGUCGUUCACUCAAAUGAAAUUUUUUUUUA